UGCCCAUUUGCGUGCUUUUAGCUUUUGGAUAUUGUUGGCUCUUUCAUUUCUCUUCCGUUGAUGUGUGCCCACCACAUUUGUGGUUUGUUUUGUCAACUUAGCUGUGUGAUCUCUGAAUGGGGAGCUGCACCGUGGGGCUCCAACGCCUGUCUAUCUUAUCUUUUCAAAAUGUAGUUUCUCUACAUAGACCCAAUAAAUCACUCCUAAAACUACAUUCAUUGUCUGCAAUUACACCUGUUUCUGGCUUUCCAAAGAUCAAGCCAAGCCAGAUAAUAAGGAGUUGCUCCACCAAUUCAUUUGCUGUUGCUGACGAUGGAAAGUACAGCAACAAACAGGUUAUUAGCAUUACUCCGCGCCUUUACGAUUACAUCCUUGCCAACGUUCGAGAGCCUGAGAUUCUAAGGCAACUUAGGGAGGAGACUGCUUCUAUGCGCGGUAGUCAGAUGCAGGUGUCUCCGGAUCAGGCACAACUGCUUGCAAUGCUUGUGCAAAUUCUUGGUGCAGAACGGUGCAUCGAAGUUGGUGUUUACACAGGUUAUUCAUCAUUGGCUGUUGCAUUGGCCUUACCUGAGUCGGGUCUCUUAGUUGCCUGUGAAAGAGAUGCCAAAUCUCUUGAGGUAGCGGAAAAGUAUUAUGCUCGAGCCAAUGUCUCCCACAAGGUGCAUGUGAAACAUGGACUUGCAGUUGAUUCCCUUAAAUCACUGAUUUCAAAUGGUGAAGCAUGCAGCUAUGAUUUUGCGUUUGUUGACGCAGAGAAAAGGAUGUAUCAGGAGUAUUUUGAGCUGCUAUUACAACUGGUGAGAGUUGGGGGUGUCAUUGUGGUGGAUAAUGUUCUUUGGAAUGGAAAAGUUGCUGAUCCAAUGGUAAAUGAUGCCAAAACUGCCAGCAUUAGGAGUUUCAAUAAAAGCAUAAUGGAGGACCAGCGUGUAAGCAUUAGUAUGGUUCCUAUUGGAGAUGGCAUAACGAUCUGCAGAAAGAGAUAACUCUUGUAAUUGAAGAUGAUAAUUAAGCUGCUAAAGCAACCAAUUUUGCACCAAUAAUGUCAGACAGUAGAGAGGAAAGGAAGGAGAUGAUUUUCCUAUUAUUUUGUUUUGCAAGGAUUCACUAUCUAAUCUCCAAAUUUGGAGGGGUUAAAAUUGGGAUACUAAAUAAUUAUAAGG